AUGCGUUUAUCAAACUCCGACACGGAUAUCGAAGCGUGCUUCACUUGCAGCAUACUUUUGGCCGAACUUGAACGUAUCGGAGUCUCGAUAAAGACGAACCACGAGACCGUCUGGGCAUCGAUCACCUCGCUUCAAACCCAUAUCGACGCCCUUAUUCAGCAGAAGCCAGCGCAGUCCGAUGUGUUUCAGGUACAAGGCAGCAAAUCCAAAGCAUCCCCCGAACUUGUCGCUCAAGAUCUACCUCGACAAGCAAAGCCCCCGAGGCCAUCGCUUCCGCAUCCCGAGAGAUUCACUGGCAACAAAAGUCUCGGUGCAUGGGACGCUGCCAUAAGAGGCAAACUUGCAGUCGAUGGUCAAGCCAUCGGCAUCAUCUUGUCUCUGUGA